AUGAUGCAAGUCAAAUAGUCAAACACUUUUUUAAAUAAAUUAUUUUUUUACAUAGAAUUCUUGAGUCAAUUACCUUUGAUAAAGAUUCUAAUUUUAUAUCUUACUUCUGACAAACUAUUUGGAAGAGGUUUGACAUAUUUUUGAAAUUCAGUAGUACUAGACACUCACAAAUUGAUGGCCAAACUAAAGUUGUGAAUAAAACUCUAGGCAAUUUGAUUUGUUGUAUUUUAGGAGAAAAGUCAAAAUAAUAGAAUUAUGUUUUGGCACAAGCAAAGUUUGCAUAUAACUCAAUGAUUAAUCAUUUGACUAACUAAUAUCUAUUUUUAAUAGUAUAUUAUUUUUCUCUAAGAAUUCUAUUAUAUUUAUUAUAAAUAUUAAGACUAGUUAGAACUAGUAUUACUGUAAAUAAUAUGAUAGAUUUAUCAAAAUAUGUUAUGAAGGUGUGAUACACAAUCUCACAACCAAUUAUGAGAAGUAUAAAGUGACAAUAGAUAAUAAAAGAAAAAAAAAGAUAUUUGAAGUUAAAGAUAAAGUGAUGAUGUACCUUCAUAAAGAACGAUUCCUAAUAGUUAGCUACAAUAAGUUGAAGCCAAAGAAAUAUGGGUCAUAUCAAAUUCUACAGAAGAUCAAUGAUAAUAUGUACCUUAUUGAGCUCUCACCAAAUAUGACUAUUUCACCCACAUUCAAUGUUAGUGAUAUAUAUGAGUACUAUGAUGAUUCAAAUGAAAACUCAAGGAUGAGUUUUCUUGAAGGAGGAGAGACUAACGUAGCCCAAGACACAAGUUGAACUGUCAACUUUGAAUUUGGGCCCACUUAUUUUGAAUUUGGGCCAUGAAGUAAAAAGUACAAAAAAAGAGCCCACAUAUGUCACUAGUGGGCCAAAAGUUUGAAUUUGAGCCCAUUUUAUGUCCUUUCACUUUUAGAAAAUACUUUAUGUCUCAUUCUUUCUAGAAGAGACUUUAAUGUGGUUUAGUCUAUACCUAAGAUAUGUUCAGGAUUUCUAACUAUCAAAGUUUGUACUUAAAAUCUACUUAGGAUCUCUAACUGUCAGAGUCUGUACCUAAGAUAUAUUUAGGAUCUUUAAUUGUCAGAAUCUAUUUUAGGUUAUUUCAGAUUUAGUCAAAGUAUUUUUAGAGGACAUGUCUAAGAUCUCAAUUUGUCAAAGUCUGUUUUAAAUCAUUUCAGAAUUAGUCAGACUUUGUUCUUAGGAUAUGUCAAGAUCCUCCUUUUGGAGAGCACCCAACCUCCUUUCUAGGCUUAUAUAAAGGCCUCUAUUGUGACUUGAGGUCCUCAUUUUUUAGUUAAAUCAAUUUUCUCCACUGUGAGAAUCUUUCUCUCUAGCUCCACCCCUUGUGGAUUCAAGAGUUGAAGACUUCAAAUUUGUAGAUUCAGAAGUAGGUUUCUUCUCCAAGAUUGGAGCUUUAUAG